GAGAUGUAUUUUAUACAAUAACAAAUUUCUCUUUCUUGUUUGAGUUAAAUUUCAAAGUUGAACCCAGGUAUAAACAAAAUUUUUGUCAGUUUUGACCAUUAAAAAACAGUGAUGGCUUUGAAACGCCACAGCCUUCCGGUAGUGCCGAGGAGCUACUCGAUAUUUCUCAAGCUCGACGAGAACGAGAAGUUCGACGGGACUGUUGUAAUCCAUUUGGAUAUAAUGAAAGACACAAAGUUGAUGAUCAUGUCCGCGAAGAACCUCAAGGUAAUCAAAGCCAAUUUGAGGGUGUCGAAUGCACUGAUUAAACCCCCGGUCAUAACGACGUUACCUGACAAAGAGCUUAUUUUCCUCGAGUUCGGCACACUGCUCAAGUUCGGAUGGGCAGUCCUGACCAUCAACUACUCUGGGACGGUCAACAAAACCUUGAUCGGCCUUUAUAGGCAGUGCGGAGGAGGCGUGGCGACGUGCAGAAAACCGCUCUCCGCCCGGAACAUAUUCCCCUGUUGGGACAAUCCUUCGAUCAAGUCAACUUUCGAAAUAUCAAUCACUUGUCCACUCAGGACUGUACUUUCCAAUACGCCGGUUGACUUGAGCGAAGAGUGCGAUAGCACUUCGACUAUCAAGUUUCUCCCUUCGUCACCGAUGUCAGUCGAUCAGAUUUCAAUCUGCUCAGGAGAUUAUAACUUCAUCGAAGGCUAUUACAACAAAGUGAACAUCAGAGUGUACACAGAACCUUUGAAAUCAGAGUUGGGCAGGUCGACGCUGGACUGGCUGAUGAGGUUCAUCCAGUACUUUAGCGAUUUCUUCGACCUACAGUAUCCGUUGCCGAAGCUUGAUGCAGUCAUAAUCGAUGAGCUCAACUACGAUUUCAUGGAAGGCUGGGGUCUUCUGAUGCUACCUUCUAGGCUGGCACUUGUCCGGUCCCUCCAGAGCCUACGCGGAAAGAAGGCCCUUCUGCAAGCUCUGUCCCAAGCCGUAGCUCGUCAGUGGAUCGGCAAUCUCAUCACCGUGAGCAAACUGGAAGGGCAUGCGCUUCUGAAAGGCUGCGCGGAUUACAUCGGCAUCAAACUCUGCAACAUAGCACAGCCGGAGUUGAACCCGGUGUUUUGGUUUGGCCUUGAGGUCAAAGAAGACGCCAUGACCUGCUACCUGAGACAGAAGAACGAAGAUGAAUGCCACUCUCGUGACAAGAUCUCAUCUUUAUUCUACAUGAUCGACAAUUACAUGGGCGAAGAUAACUUCAAACAAGGGAUAAAAUUCUACGUGCAAAAGUACAAAUUCUCGAGUGCAUCCGAAGAACAGCUUUGGACAUCGUUAGACGUCUAUUCAAAGAUGCAUCUCGUUGACAUUAUGAACUUUUGGAUCGACAGCGAGAACUAUCCGCUGAUCACUGUUAAAUCGGUCGUCAACGAAGGGCUCAAUAAAAUCAUCGAGUUGGAACAAGAGCCGUUUCAUCAAAUUGUAACAGAACCAGGUAAUCUGAAAACCUGGGACAUACCUGUGACAUUCGUACGAGCAAAGAUGCCAGAUAAGAUGUGCUUUCAGACGAUAAUGAGCCAGCGUGUUUUGAGGGUACGCCUGACUAACACUGGAAAUUCUGGCUGGGUCAAGCUGAAUUUCAAGUCUACCGGCUUUUACAGGGUUUUAUAUCCAAAAUUGGUUUUACAAGAAUUCAUAAGUGAUUUCUUGCAGAAGGUCAUGUCACCUGAAGACAGGGUCGGAAUCAUUGCUGAUAUGAGGGCUUUUGUGCUUUCAGGACGCGAAAAGACGAGCACACUCCUCAGCUUCAUAUCACAGCUUGGCGACGAGGAGGCCGCGGUCUGGUGGAUAAUCAUCAAGUUCUUCGAGGACCUAUUCAUCAUCAUACCCCAGACGAAGGCCGAGGCCGGGUUCCGAGAGUACGGCCUCACAGUAUUCAAGAAGAUUUACAAUAACCUCGGCUGGUACCCGAAGAAGAAAGAACAUCUCCUGGAGACUAUGUUGAGGCCGGUCGUCCUGAAGCUCUACUGCCGUUUCGAAGACAGCGACGCCCUCAUCGAAGCCAAGAAACGUUUUUUGGGCCUCCUCUUGAAAAAUGAAGAAAUCGAGGAUGACCUCCUUGUUCCUGUUUUUUACGGUUGUGCAAGAAUCGGGGGAGAAAAGGAAUACAACCAGCUGCUGGAUCUUUAUAAAGAUUCCGAACUUGAAUCCAUGAGGGACAAGAUAAUCGAAGGGCUCUCCGGCUUUCAAGACGUCACCAUUGUUAAAAAGCUCAUCGAGUUUUUAAGCGAGGACGAAAAGCGUCCUUAUAGCUUGUUGAGGUACCUCGAAAUACUCCUGGACAAUGAAUUUGGUACUAAAUUAGUUUGGGACUGGUUAGAAACAAACUGGAAAACUUUGGAGACUAAAUAUUCAGCGAACAUGAACGUGCUUUCGGGCCUGGUGGCUAAAGCGACUUGCUACAGGCUGAAAGACAAAAAAGACGAGGCGAUCUUCAGGUUCAGCGUCAAACUCGCCGAAAAGUUGACUUCGGCCGUCGAAGAGGGCUUUGGGAAGCACAAAGUCUACAGGGACUGGCUUAACAGGGACCUGCAGAACAUCGAACGCUUUUUCACACCCUGGGCAUCGUCGGUGUCGACUUAAAAGGGCAAA